AUGAUUGGAGGAAGUGAUAAUGGCUCUCCUUCCCCAAAGCUUUACUUUAGAUUUAAUUAGUUGUUACCUUAAAGUCAUAAGAAUCAAAAUUUGAAGAUCGACGAUCUGCUUGUAGCGAAUAAAUUUGUUUCAACUUAUGAGCAGGAAGAUCAGCAGUCAAUUUUCGGUGUGAACUAGCCAACCAGUUUAAAACAAAACAGAAUUGACUUUUAAUCAGUCCUCAGAAAAAAUUACAAUCUCACUCAGAUACUUAAAAAGCAUAGUUCUACACAAAAUGCUGAAAGAGGAUUUAAAAGAACACGGAUGCAAAUAUAGACAUGUCUUCCUUCGAUCAUCUCAGCUAGUAUGUCAUCAUAUUAGUAGCAUGAAGCUUCAUUGACAAGCAUCCACAAAGAAUAAACUCUUCAUUACAAUAAAAGUAAAAAUUCCAUUAGAAAUAAAAGCCAAAUUCCUAAGUCCUUGUUCAAUAACCAGCAAGGUUUAAAGGAUAGAUUCAGGUAAUACUACUAUGACAAUGAUAACAUGAAUCAGCUAUCCUUGGAACUUACCUAGGCAUCUAUUAGUUUAUAGCCACUUAUAUAAAAUCAAAAUCAAGAUCCAAAUCCCAAAAAAUAGCUGAGACGGAGUGUUGAUUCCAAAAAGAAAAUAGCUAGAAAGGAGGAGUUGUAAGUAUCACCAGCAUCUAAACUUAAGGAUAAAGAUCUAUAACUUCUUAAGCCUUUACUUUAUGAGAAUCUUCAGCUUGCCUAGCCAGCUUACUCUAGGUUUAGCAAUUACAUCAAAGGCUAAAAUGACAUUUCUAAAUUAGAAAAAUCUCAAAACCCGACUAGAGAGGUUUAGCUUUUAAAUUCAACUUAUAAUAGUGCGAAUUAUAGACAAAAGUAUAAAUUAAGAUAGCAAUCCUUGAUAUUAAAUCAAUAGCCCUCUGACUUUAACAACACUAUUAAUUCAUUAUCGAUUUCAAAUUCUGGAUUCAAUGAUUAAUUAGUCUAACUCCAGAAAAAGGGUAGUCUUGACAGAACCACUAUCAAGGUUUUAAAGAAUGAAAAUAGACUUUCGCCUGAUACUAUGAUGUCUUACAAGCCACUCUACUCUAAAUAAGGUGUCAGAUUUAAACCUGCAGCAAGAAAAGAGAGUCUCGAUCCAAAUAGUACUAUCAAGAUUCCAGAGAGGAUAGUGCUUAACUCUAACUUUAACUUUGAGGAUCUAAAUUCAACUGCAAGAUUAAAUUCCUAGCUUAGAAUAGUCAACAGAUCUAAACUCAACUUUUCAGCCCAGGAUCAUCACUAAAUGAAACUUAGGCAAACUAUAUACUGA